CGCGCCACGCAGAGGAGGAGCAGCAAAUCCCCGGAGCACAUUAAAAAGCGAGGCUGAGCGGCAGCCGGGAAAGGAAGAAAACACCUCCAUAGAAGGCAGCGGAGCAGCGGUCGCAGCAGCGCCAGGGGCCGCGGCUGCCGGCCCCAAACUUUCCGGCGGCGGCUGCGGCUUUGUGGGCCGGGGUCGCCGAGCCCGCACGAUGCUCGCCGCGCUGCCCAGCCUGCUGGCCUGGCUGGCGGUGCUGCUGCUCGGCAGGGCCCGCCCGGCCGAUGCCUGCAGCUGCUCGCCCAUCCACCCGCAACAGGCCUUCUGCAACGCCGAUGUAGUGAUCCGAGCAAAGGCCGUCUCUGCGAAAGAGGUGGAUUCGGGGAACGAUAUAUAUGGGAAUCCAAUCAAACGAAUCCAGUAUGAAAUCAAGCAGAUCAAGAUGUUUAAGGGCCCUGACAAGGACAUAGAGUUCAUCUACACAGCUCCGUCCACUGCUGUGUGCGGCCGGCUGCUGGACACCGGCGGGAAGAAGGAGUAUCUCAUUGCAGGCAAGUCAGAGGGCAACGGCAAGAUGCAUAUCACACUCUGUGACUUGGUCUCCACCUGGGACUCGCUGAGCCCGACCCAGAAGAAGAGCCUAAACCAGCGGUACCAGAUGGGCUGCGAGUGCAAGAUCUCACGCUGCCUUUCCAUCCCCUGCUACGUCUCCUCCUCGGAUGAGUGUCUCUGGACAGACUGGGCGAUGGAGAAGAACAACGUGGAUGGGCGGCAGGCGAAGCACUAUGCUUGCAUCAAGAGGAGCGAUGGCUCGUGCGCCUGGUACCGUGGCAUGGCCCCUCCCAAGCAAGAGUUUCUCGACAUUGAGGACCCCUAAGCCAAAUGAGCGCAUUCCAGUAGCCAGUAGAAGAAAACCUGCGAGAUGUUAGACUGGUCCACGCUGAUAUCAAUUCCUGGAGACAGCAUGAAAACCCGCUUGGCCGCAGUGUGUGCCCAGGCUGCGGCACCUGCCAUGUGCUUGUGCAGGGGGGACGGGGACCUGCUCUGUCACAGGCACCUGGCAACCUGUGGCCACACUGGCCAUUCCUGUGCUCGCGGAGGGGCUGAGCGAGGCAUGAGGGCACCUCCCUGCCUGGCCAUGCUCAGCCCUGGUGCCUCGGCAGCUGUGAAGGAAUCGAACCCUCGUGAGUGGCGGGAGCUGCCCUGUCUGCGUAGCAGGUCUACCAGUGUCCCUGCCAUGGGGCAGCCACCCCAGCAGCUCUUGCCAGGCAGCCCUCCCCACUGCAGCAUCCCCAGCCACCCUCCAGCACCCAAGACCCUGCUGCCCCCCUCCCUGCCUACUGCCUAUCCCUCCUUUUGGGAUGCACAGGGGCACAGCCCUCCAGGCAGGGACUCGGGUGGGGCUUAUCGUAUGGCAGAGCCCCCAGCUCAGGCAUUUUUCCAGGUUGGACGGCUCCUGUGCAGGUGCCUUUUCCAGAAAAGCCAGAAUUAGCAUGGCUGGGGUUGCCUCCCCCAUGCACCGGGGCACUGCUGCCCCUCUCUGCCUGGAGACACAGAGGCGAGCAUGGGGUUCACUGCCUUCCGCAGCAUCCUGGGGGAUUCUGUUCCCACUGCAAGCUCCUGCACAGAUGGGGAGCUGCUGCCUGGCCCUUCUGCAGCUGCCGCUGGUGCACGGGCAGCAGGGCUGGGCAGGGAGCUCCCCCUUGGCAGGGCACCAGAGGCCGGAGAUCCAGUGGCGUGGGUGCUGGGUGUUGAAUAUUGCCUGGUGCAGCUGUUGGCUGAGCUGUGCCAUGGCCUUCGGCAGCGCUGCACCAUUGCAGCCAGUCGAGCUCCAUCCUCUGCGGCAGCGGGGAUGGAGCUCAGUACCUGGCCAGGCACAGGCAGCAAUGCAGCUACAGGAAAACCCCGUCCUCUCCAGCAAACCCUCCCACACACCUCGGGCCCCGCUUUCUCUGAGCCAUUCCCACAACGCAGCAGCACUGGCAUGUGCCGCGGAGCUCACUGUCCGCAGCUUUGGGAGCAUGCUGGGAAUAACCCCCUUGCAGCCCUGCUCUGGGGGCGUUUUCAUGCUGUGCGUCCCUGUGAGGUUGAAGAUGUCGUACUGGACCAGUCUGGGCAAUUUUAUUGAAGAGAAAAAUUCAAAAGAAAGAAAAAGAAACCCCCCCCCCCCAAAAAAAAAAGCCCUCUAAUCAGUCCCAGAUCCGCCUCCCGUUCGCUUUCUGUAUGGUUAUAUCAUGUGUGCCACUGCUCCUGUCUCUGCCUGUCUCUCAGUUUAAUAUUUCCACUUGUUUUGCCACCGG